AUGGAGACGAGCGGCACCCACGGCCCGGGCCACAGGCGGCAGGCGGUGUUUGAGCGAGCUGAGGGAUUGUGCACAGUGGAGCCCAAAUCCGGCACUGGGCAGCACGAACGACAGGUGGAGGCCGACGCGGUGUUGAGAGGCGGUGACGCCACGGUGGUGUAUCGCCCCAUGCGCCCCACAGACCUCCCACAAGUCAAGCAGCUCCACGAAGAAUGCUUCCCCAUCAGGUACGAUGAAAACUUCUUCCAGGCGAUGGUGACGCCGUCGGGCAGCUUCAUGGCUGAGGUGGCGGUAACGCCAGACACCGACGAGGUGGUGGGCGCCAUCACCGCCUCGAUGGAGAUCGAAAACCAAAACGAGGACUGCGAUAUGUUGCGGUUUGAGUGGGGCUGGGACUCGCGCUACCUGGUCUACAUCCUCACCAUCGGAGUCACCGCGCGCUACCGACGGCACGGCAUCGCGCGGGUGCUAUUGGGCAAGCUGCUGCGAAAGGCAGCCAAAUACGACACGUGCAAGGCCAUCUACCUCCACGUGCUGGCUACCAAUGCUCCUGCCAUCCGCUUCUACGAACAAUACGGAUUCACGCGCUUGCGGGAGCUGCCCCAGUACUACCGCUUCGACGGCGACCGCCAUGACGCCCUGCUGUACAUCCACUACCAACACGGCGGCUGCCCGCCACGCUCGUGGGCCGAGGUCAAGGAAGACCUCCUCCUUCGACCACUGCGGCGACACACACCGGCCUAUCUCACGCCCCUUCUCUCCUCCUCUUCCUCCACCCUGCACCACCACCACCUGCGAAGGGUGGGCCGGGUCCUGCGGUCGCCCGUCACCAUCGUGUGCCUGAUCGCCCUACCGCUCCUGUUCCUGCUCCUCUGCAUCUAUCUCUCCCGACAAUCAUCAACAUAG